AGAAAGUGGAAAACAUCAUACAGCUUUCCAGCUGUGUAAAUGGUGUUUUGUGUUUAUUCGUCUUUAUAUUUGCGACAAUUCUUGUGUCACUGGCGUCAUUGAAGUAGUUCCAAGUGAAACUUCGUUAAUUAUCUAAAGGACAAAUAUCUAAUCAAAUCAAACAAAAUGGCCCCAAAGCAGAGGAUGCGUAUCGCCAACGAAAUCGCCAGCAAAAACAUCACCAUGAGGGGGAACGUACCAAAAACCACCAAGGAAAAAGAUGACCAGUACCCCGUCGCGCCGUGGCUCCUAGCGCUCUUCAUCUUCGUAGUGUGCGGCUCAGCUGUCUUCCAAAUCAUCCAGUCCAUCAGGCUUGCCUAAACCGACCCCCACCUGACUGAUAGUAAGACCUUGGCUUGAUAUGGAUUCCAAAGAUACACGUGAUGGCAUAUCGAAAAACUGGGAUUUUUUAGUUCACCACUUUGGGUGUUUGCUUUUUGGCCAGUGUUGCCAGCUGGCAAAAUAAUUUGAACCAAAGUGAUUUCAUGACAUUUUAUAUUCUGUUUUAUUGUAAAAUGGGACAGAUUUAUGUCAUAACUGUUUGUUAAAUUUAAUUGUAUGUUUUCAACGGUGCAUUGUUUUUGUCAUGCUUUUUGUGCAACAUUAGUUUUUUUAAGUGAUACAUCUGUAUAUAUCAACUCAUCGGUUUUUUUGUCAUGUAUUUGUAUAUUUGGUGAAUCGGACUUGCGAAGUCUCGGAAUCAUUUCAAGCCUUGAGUUUUGUAGAUAAUUAUAUAAUUUGUGUGCUAGAGAUCUUAAAGGUAUACUUAACAGUCUUUAGUGCACUCACCCCUGCGCAUUUCUAAUCUUAUGUAGCUUCUAAAGUUACAUUGUUUUAAAAUUAUUUUUUAUUUUCAAGCGCAGUUUUUUUACCAACUUUAUAAUCUCAAGUAACGAAAACAUAAUUGUACGUACUCUAUUCUUGUAUAUUGUAAAAUAAAAUUGAAAUUUUAAUAUUAAGGUGAAAAUCAAAGCAUUUAGACGUUUAAUUGUUGUUGAUUUCCAUUCCCGAUUCCAAUCGAGACUUAGUGUUGAACGCACAAGGCAUAAUUUCCAUGCAAAAUUAUGUUUUAUUUUAAAACCAAUAUAGUCCAAUUUUAAUAUUGUAU